CAGUUACACCCUGGGAAGGUCUGUGCCAUAGACACUGCCUGGGUGCUCCUUUAUACACAGCAAGUCUCUCUGGAGUGAGACGUUGGGAGGCAGUGGAAGACCUUGUGUCCUGUUUAGCUCACCCAUGGCUUCAGAGGCAGCCUGCCGCCCUUCCGGAAAAAGACCCUGCAAGAUGCAAGCCUUCAGAAUCUGGGAUACUAACCAGAAGACCUUCUACCUGAGAAACAACCAGCUCAUUGCUGGGUACUUACAAGGACCAAAUAUCAAACUAGAAGAAAAGAUAGACAUGGUGCCUAUUGACCUUCAUAAUGUGUUCUUGGGCAUCCACGGGGGCAAGCUGUGCCUGUCUUGUGCCAAGUCUGGAGAUGAUAUCAAGCUCCAGCUGGAGGAAGUAAACAUCACUGAUCUGAGCAAGAACAAAGAAGAAGACAAGCGCUUUACCUUCAUCCGCUCUGAGAAAGGCCCCACCACCAGCUUUGAGUCAGCUGCCUGUCCAGGAUGGUUCCUCUGCACAACACUAGAGGCUGACCGUCCUGUGAGCCUCACCAACACACCGGAAGAGCCCCUUAUAGUCACGAAGUUCUACUUCCAGGAAGACCAAUAGUACUGCCUAGGCCUGUAAUGAUCACCAACUGCCUGAUCACUCUGGCCAUCAUUGGGGCCUGAGGAACAACUUUUGCAGGGUGUACAGUAGAAGGAGACAGAAGAGUUCUGAUGAUAGAUCUCUGCCUCAGUCAGUUGGCUGACCUAAUCCCCAUGAUGAUUCCAGAAUAAUCUUGCAAAUUGGAUCAUGGCAGGCGCUUGUUCAAAGCCCUUUCUUGUUGCCUCUGCCAUCUGGGUGAAGUCUAGACCACUUGCUUGGCCUAGGUGUCUUCUGCUCUACCACCCACCCCACCCUGCCACAAACACACACUUUUUUUUGUUUUUUCCAUUGUUCUGCACUUCCACAGUCCAGACCAAUCAAGUCACUUGACAAUAUGCCCCAAGUGACUCCCUUACCCUGUUUUAUAAACCUGUGCCUGUCUAUGGAGAAGGUUUUAAUUCUCCUUGUUAUUCAUUUUGGGGUUUUUUGAUGAAACCACCAGGGCAUUACAUAUACUAAGAAUGUGCUCUACCAUCAUGCUAUGUUUCCAGCUCAGGGAGGCACUUUUAAGGAUCUAGAAAACAGAAAUUAAGGAUCUCAUAGUUAUUUUAUUAUGCCAGUCUUAUUCCAUGUGGGCAAGAGGCUUCUUGUGGAAAUUAUGUCCUUUCUGAGAGGAGCUGGGGAUUAGAUGCUCCUGCAUUUGUGAAAUGGUUAUAAGCAUAGAAAAAUAGUUGGUAAGCUUUCUUUCUUUCCUUAUUUUGUGUGAUGCCUUAAACUGAAAAGUUAAAAUUUGAUGGAUUAUAGGAUUCCCAUAAUCUCCCCCUUCCUUUUUUUCUUCUUUGGAAAUGUCCAAUAGUCUAUAUUCCUCUGUCCCGCCCAAACACCAUCUUCACUCCAAACCUACCACAGCUGCCCGAAGAAGUUCCCCACAAUCUGCAAAUGUGGCUCUCGGGCCUUUCCUGAUGUGAUGAAUGAAUCUACUGAUCAUUUCUUGACCAUUCAUUUUAUCACUUCUAACCUUGAAACGUAUGGAAGUAGCUAUGUUCCUGACUGUUUCCUCUGCCAGACUAUGAACUCUGGAGAUCAGGGAGCUUCGUGUGUGUGUGUGUGUGUGUGUGUGUGUGUGUGUGUGUGUGUGUGUGCAAGCGCUACAUAUUGGGUCCCUCCAAGGAUGAACCCCCUCUUUGGCUCUUAGAAGGCACUCAGAGAAUAUGUGUUAUACGUGCUCACAGAAAGUUUCUUACUCCUCCCUGUGACUUUGGCUUUAUUUUACAAUAAAACAUUGAAAAUGUCCACUUUGUUGGUUGUGAACAGGAGCCCAGGUCUAAGGUGCUGGGGAAAGAGAAAGGGUGGGAGAUUUUUCUUUAUUCUAUGGCUAGAAAAUAGUUACCUCCUCUCUGAAAGUCUUCUUCCUCAUUUCUGGGUAACAGAAUAUCAAACACCUUGCUUAUAAGUUAUAAAGUAUUGUUGUCCACCAUGAACCCACCAAGUAAAAACAACGCAAAUACCUAUCAUGGAUGAAUAAUCAUGCAAGAAUCAGAUCUGCACUCAACGCCACACAAUGACAAAGAUAGCAGCAAAUGAGCCACAGACGGCUCCACCCAACCCAAUAGAUGAACACUUGGUUCAAAAUCACUAAAGCUCAAAUACUCCCAGGUCAAAUACCAGGUAACAAGUUAAUACUCAACAAAGGGGGAAAACAAAUGUUCCACUGAAUCCUGUGAUCCUGUGGACGUGGUUCAUCUCCUGUGUUGUUUGGCAUGUGUGCUCAGGAUGAGCUGAUUAAAACUCUUCUCAGGGGUUCAGUUUUCCCAUCUCUGCUUGUAAAUAAAAAGCUUAUGCAGAA